AUGCAAUGGAUCGCUGACACCAACCAGUUCUGUGAGUUUUAUGCUGAGGUGCGACAUCUACUUGGUAUGUCCUCUAUGGCGAAAGUUCCACUGAAUUCAACUAGUGGUGAAGCGCUUUUUAAAAGCAGGGAGGAAAUCUCGAGCGAUGAGCGGAGCAUUUUGAACACCCUGCCUAACGUGGAUCAUUUUGUUGAUCUAGACCACGUUCGCUGCCUACCUCAACAACAACCUUUCGCCAUCCAACUCGAUGAGCCACUUUUCUUGCCUGACGAGGUUGCUCUUGCCAUUAAGCAACAGCAAAAUAAACGAGCAGGUGGUGUUGAUUCUAUACCGGAUGAAUUAUUGAAGUAUGGCGGUGGGGAUCUUUAUUCGGCGAUAUGGGAACUUUUUGUCGUUACGUGGGUCUCUAAUACUUUUCAGGACAGAGACGUUAAAGCUUUGGAAAAAUCAAGUAAAAACAAAUUAAAACAACCUGUAGGGAUAUCAACAUCACCGUUUCCAAAAAACUGUUACGAAUAUUUUCUUUAA